UGGAAAAUUUCCCACCCGCUGACAUUUCCGAGACUGAGAUGAACCAGAACCACAAUGACUCGACUGCAUUUAGUCACUGACGAAACAGUUAGCUGGUGAUCCUUUUAUCUACCAUCGCUUAUGUUUUGUGAGAUGCGCCGUGUUCUGUUGACCUGGGUAUCUUUUUCUAUACGCAGCUGGUGACGUCCAGAAGAGGAGUGGCUUUCAUGUACCGACCCCCACGUGUUGUUAGGGAAGGUUGAUGAUUUAAGAAGAGUUAACCAUGGGUACAGCUACUGCAGAAUAGCGGCAAACUGGCGGAAGCUCGGCCUGCGAAUUAUCCUCGCAGGCUCUAAUCUGUCGUGAUCUAAGGACGCCUGCGCGUAAUCACGGCGGCUUCCUCGCCCGAUUUUAUGUAUUUAUUUUUCCUCUCCAUCGAUGGAUGAACAAUGGAGAAGCCGUCAGCAGAAAUUUCUGGUGACCCUCCUCUUUUCGCCUGCAGUAGAUCAUUGUUUUUGAUGCUGUUGUUGUGUAGGAGGGUAGGGACGGACCUGAUCUCGUUGGAUUUCUGCUAGAAAACACCGAGAGCACCAUCGCGCAGCGACUCAGUUUUUCAUCCUCUCGGCUCCAAGCAGCAGAUGUUCGCAGUGCUGUCAUCCCGGCGAAACCAUGGUGAAAUUCCCGGCGCUCACACACUACUGGCCUCUCAUCCGAUUCUUGGUUCCUCUGGCAAUCACGAAUAUUGCCAUCGACUUCGGGGAGCAGGCUCUAAACAGGGGCAUCGCUGCGGUCCAGAAGGAUGCGGUGGAGAUGCUGGCCAGCUAUGGGCUGGCCUACUCCCUCAUGAAGUUCUUCACGGGGCCUAUGAGCGACUUCAAGAACGUGGGGCUGGUGUUUGUCAACAGCAAGCGCGACCGCACCAAGGCCGUCCUGUGCAUGGUCGCCGCCGGGACCAUAGCCAUCAUUUUCCACACGCUCAUAGCCUACACUGACCUGGGAUAUUACAUCAUCAACAAGCUCCACCAUGUGGACGACUCUGUGGGCAAUAAGACAAGGAAGGCUUUCCUCUAUCUGGCAGCCUUCCCACUACUGGACGCCAUGGCCUGGACACAUGCAGGUAUACUUUUGAAGCACAAGCACAGUUUCCUGGUGGGAUGUGCCUCUAUCUCUGAUGUCAUUGCUCAGAUUACGUUCGUGUCCAUUUUGCUCCACAGUCAUUUGGAGUGUCUGGAGCCUCUGCUGAUCCCCAUCCUGUCCUUGUACAUGGGAGCGUUGGUGCGCUUCACCAUUGUUGGCCUGGGUUAUUACAGAAACAUUCACGACACUAUCCCCGAGUCCAGUGGGCCUGAAGUAGGGGGUGACGCCACCAUUAAAAAGAUGCUGAGUUUCUGGUGGCCUCUGGCACUCAUCCUGGCCACGCAGCGCAUCAGCAGGCCCAUCGUCAAUCUGUUUGUGUCCCGCGACCUCAAAGGAAGCUUUGCCGCCACAGAGGCAGUGGCUGUGCUGACAGCAACAUAUCCUGUUGGCCAUAUGCCGUAUGGAUGGCUGACAGAGCUGCGAGCUGUCUACCCUGCUUUCGACAAGAACCCUAGCAACAAGCUAAUGAACAGUGGCACCCCAGUCAGCAAAACCCACAUCAAGAGAUUCACCUUUGUUUGCCUGGCACUGUCCAUCACGCUUUGCUUUCUGGUGUUCUGGACCCCACACUUCUCUGAGAAGAUUCUGGUGGACAUCAUUGGGGUGGAUCAUCACUUUGCUGCGCUCUGUGUGGCUCCGUUACGAAUCUUCUCCUUCUUUCCAUUACCAGUGACCAUCCGAGCUCACUUGACGGGCUGGCUCAUGACCCUGAAGAAGACCUUUGUCUUGGCACCCAGCUCUGUGCUGCGCAUCAUCGUCCUCAUCACCAGCCUCAUAGUGCUCCCUUACAUGGGGGUGCAUGGGGCAACUCUGGGUGUGGGUUCUCUCUUGGCUGGCUUCCUGGGUGAGUCCACCAUGGUGGCGAUUGCCGCCUGGUACGUCUAUCGAAAACAGAAGAAAAAGAAAGAUUCCGAAGGCGAGGUGGUGAUCGAGGGAGAGGAUGCUGCGCCAAUGAAUGAGGUGCGGCGCGCUGGCCCGAUGGAUGACAUUGAGGAGCUGAGGGAGGAGGAAGAGGAGGAGGAGGACGAGUGAGAGCACAGUCUGUCUGAAAAUGCACACACAGGGGCUGUCCGGACUCUCCCUCAGCCUUCUCCAGGGCAGAUUUAUUCCACAGGCUGCAGCUUGAUGCCCCCUGCUGGCCAAAGUCAGUAUGGUUGCGCCCUCAUGUAUAGUGCAACCGAGAGGACCCCCCCCCCCCCUUUUCAGUACCUGCAGCAAUCACGUGGAAACACAUUACUUUUUGCCUGAACAUAUCCCUGUAAUAAUAUCACUAAUCAAAUGCUCACACAUGCAGACAAAAACAUUCACAUCUUCAGACUGUUCCUCUGGUGGUCACCAGGACAGUGGAUAGAGAAGAUAUUAACUUGUACCAAAGCAAUGAUGUGUAAUAAUUAACUAGUUCCUUUCGCUGACAAUUUAUGUGCUGCCGUCCUCAACAUUUGUGAAACCCCAAAAGAAGAAGGAAAACGUUAUAACCACCUCCUAAACUCUUAUCUGCUUGGAUUUUGUUUUUUCUGUAUCUCUCUCUCACACACACUGUUCAGGCUACAUCUCUUUAUUUAACGUGGAACUGAAUGACAAUGAGGUCCCAGUGCUGUAACCUCUGAACUCUUUCUUUGCUGUACAGACACGAAGGAGAAGGUUUUGGGCUUUUAUUAUGAAAGAAAAAAAAUAUGUACAAAGUAAGAAAAACGAGAAAGUAUUUAUCUGCAGAUUUCUACAGGAUUUAAUUAUAAGGUAGUUGGUAAAUCAGAUUGAUGAGUGAUGAAUUUUGGCCAUUUAGAUUACUUAUUUUUUUAUUAUACUAUUAUGUACUCGAUGUAUACAAUGUGGUAUAAACAAAUUUUUUAUGAGUGUGUCAUGAGCUGAACUGUGGGGCGAGAGGUUAAUAUAAACUGGACCACAAGUAUUUUUUAUUUAUCUUCUUUUUUUAAUUGAAUUUUGGCACUUUUGUUUGUUUGUUUGUUUGUUUGUUUUUAUCUCAGGAUGUUCAGUGCAGUAAACCGGUGAUGCAGAAAGUACAGUGAAGUCCAGUUGUAGACCUGCCUUUCUGUUCCUAAACUGUAUUACAAGUUCUCUCCAUUGACAACAAUGCACAAAAUAUUUAAGGUGUCUCGAGCUCGUGUAUAUUUUCUACUGAUUGUAAUGGACAGUGAGAUCUGGACAUGGCUGUGGGGAGGUAUCUGCUUUGUAUUUUGAAAGAAGCAGGGUUAUAAAAACCUGAUUCUUGUCAUCAUUGUCUCCAAUAUGAUUGAGAAAGGGACAGAUUCAUUCUUCUGUGAUUAAAGAGUGGUUAUGUGAUUUGAAAUUGUACUGUUGUUGUACUUUUUACUUCAGCCCAAGUGUCAUGGCCUGAAGACCAUUUGUUCUUGUUACCAUUACCAUGCACCGGCAGUUGAUUUCAUACUAUUAUUAGGCCUUCAAAUCAGACACCUUUCCUUCCUUCCUUUCUUCCUUUCUUUCUUUCUUUCUUUCUUUCUUUCUUUCUUUCUUUCUUUCUUUCUUUCUUUCUUUCUUUCUUUCUUUCUUUCUAUAUUGGAGACAGAACCUAAUUUUGAAGCUCUGUCCCCAAGUAGGCUGAUCUAACCAAUGCAUAAACCAAUUUUCCCUUUUUAUAGAUUAAAUAUUACUGCAGCACUGGACAUGUGCAUGUUAGGUAUCUUUUAUUCUGGGACAAUGUCCCAAGUUUUUUUCAGAUAUAUGUCUGUGCCUCUCUAAAACCACAGCCAAGGUUUCACUGAAGGAAUACUGAUGUCUACAAACAAUAUUCGCCCGCCACAGUGCUUAUUCUUUCCUGAGUGUUUGUACAUUCAUCUCCAUUGCAGCGAUGCAUAUUUUUUAAGGACACCUCACAUUUAUCUUGAGAUGUUUUCCUCCUGGAAGACUUCUACCAUAGUGAUUUACAGUGUAUGGAAGUUUAUAGGUUAACACAUUUCCACAAUGGUUACGGACUAAUUCAAGCCCAUUUACUUGAUGCAUACUUUUCAAAUGUUUUAUUGUUAAUAAUAAAUUACAAAUCUAUCAACCCAGGUUCACUUUCAACAAUGUAUCAUUAUCAACCAAUUAAUUGCUGUGUACGCCCAUCUGUAGCCUAAUGAAAGUAUGCUGGCUGCAACAUACUGGAACAUCAAUCUGGUAAAAGCCUAUCUGUAUUUUGGGUAAUGUUAGACCA